CUUCCUGCCCAAUGGGAGCCGGUGUCCCGGAGCGAAUGGGCGGGGAGGAAAGAACGACUUCAUUACGCUGCGAGAAAGGGGCGGGGCCUGUAACGUCGUACUGUACGAGGGGACGCAACGGAGGCAGGCCGGAGCCGCUGCCGUCGCCAUGACCCGCGGUAACCAGCGCGAGCUCGCCCGCCAGAAGAAUAUGAAAAAGCAGAGCGACUCGGUUAAGGGAAAGCGCCGAGAUGACGGGCUUUCUGCUGCCGCCCGCAAGCAGAGUGCCCCAUCAUCUCUACCCCCAGGGACUCGGAGAUCAUGCAGCAGAAGCAGAAAAAGGCAAACGAGAAGAAGGAGGAACCCAAGUAGCUUUGUGGCUUCGUGUCCAACCCUCUUGCCCUUCGCCUGUGUGCCUGGAGCCAGUCCCACCACGCUCGCGUUUCCUCCUGUAGUGCUCACAGGUCCCAGCACCGAUGGCAUUCCCUUUGCCCUGAGUCUGCAGCGGGUCCCUUUUGUGCUUCCUUCCCUUCAGGUAGCCCCUCUCCCCCUGGGCCACUCCUGGGGAUGAGAGGGUUACCCCUUCCCAGUGUUUUUUAUUCCUGUGGGGCUCACCCCAAAGUAUUAAAAUUAGCUUUGUAAUUCCUUGA